AUGUUUUUAAUGAGAACUCCAAAACUAACAUUCAUACAUUUUUCUAUGCAGUAUGAGAAGGCCCUUCUAAGAGGUUAUGUUGAAUGCUGUUCAAACCUGACUUGGUGCACCAACCCUCAGGGCUGUGAUCAGAUUCUCUGCAAGGAAGGCCUUGGCUGUGGAGAAGCGUGUUCAAAGUGCUCUUGGAUCUCCUGCUUCAGCUGCAAUUUUCCUGAAGCUCACUAUCCUGCCAGCUGCAGUCACAUGUCUCAGUGGAUGGAUGAUGGUGGUUUCUAUGAAGGAAUGACUGUGGAAGCCCAGAGCAAGCACCUGGCCAAACUCAUAUCCAAACGCUGCCCAAGCUGCCAAGCUCAGAUAGAGAAAAAUGAAGGCUGUCUGCAUAUGACUUGUGCCAAAUGCAAUCAUGGAUUUUGUUGGCGCUGCCUGAAACCUUGGAAACCAACCCAUAAGGACUAUUACAAUUGCUCUGCCAUGGUAAGCAAAGCAGCGCGACAGGAAAAGCGUUUCCAAGACUAUAAUGAAAGGUGCAUUUUUCAUCAUCAAGCAAGGGAAUUUGCUAUGAACUUACGAAAUAGAGUUUCUACUGUCAGUGAUAUGCCACAGAUUCGGACAUUGACAUUUGUUGUUGAUGCCUGCAAAGUGCUGGAACAGGCACGAAAAGUCCUGGCAUAUUCCUGUGUCUACAGCUACUAUAAUCAAGACACGGAAAAAAUGGAUAUAAUGGAGCAACAAUCUGAGAAUCUGGAGCUGCAUACUAAUGCUCUGCAGAUCCUUUUGGAAGAGAUGUUGUUGCACUGCCAAGAUCUUGCCUCUUCCAUUCGGUUGCUCAAAGCAGAACAUUUUAAUACCGGUUUAGAGUUGGUUCGCAGGAUCCAAGAACGGCUCCUGUCAAUUCUGCAUCAUGCUACUCAGGAUUUCAGAGUGGGAUUCCAGACCCGACAAAGCUCUGAACAGAGGGAAAUUAAGUUAUCCAAUGUACCUAAUGCCACUUCUGCUUAUAAAGAGCUGGUUUUUGAUGAAGGAUCUGAUUCACCUGAUACAGAUGAUGGGGGCAAAGAGGAAGAUGAGGAUGAAGAUGAGUAUGUUCCAGAGUGGCAAGAGGAGUAUGAUGAUGAAGAUCUUGAUGAUGAUGAUAUUUCCUAUGAUGAUGAAUCAGAGAAUCUAGAGAGAGAUUCCUUUUUUUUUGGAGAUGAAGAUGAACCAUAUGAUUAGGGUUCGGCUCCAGACUCCCCAAAUUCACCAACAAAUUCUGGAGAAGAGGAACCUUCAGGCAACUUUGUCCCUACUGCAUUCUGCUUCUAUCAUUGUCAAAAAUAGCAGGGAAAGGAUUUCAGUCAAGUGGGAGUCAAUUAUACAAUCAUUUACAAUGAAGGGCACUUUCUCUUUGAGAUAGAUACCUUGUGGCUGUUCGUAAAAUUCACUGUGCCUGAUUACAUAUGAAGUUCAUUAGCCAAACAAACAAAAAAAAUUGGGGGGCAGUGAGGCUGCAGGACUGCAAGCUUUUUUAGGGAAUAAGACUAGGCUCCAGUCUAGGAAAAAGUCUGACCAUUGCCUCAACUCCAAUGCAAGCUUCAAUUUUAAGAGAGCACUGGAUGUCAUCAGUUUAUGUGAGAGUUUGCACAUCAUCCUUUCCCAUAUUUCCUGUACCUUAUUGCCCAUUGGUUACUAUUAUGCAGAAGUUUUAUUUGACAAAUGUAUUUGAGAUUAUUAUUUUGCCCAGCAUUAACUUAAAAUUCUAGAACAUAAUAGCAAUACAGCCUUAUUUAUGAGUGCCAGUUCAGUCAGAUUUGUUCUCCAAUAGUGAUUCAUACAGUAAAUACAUGGAAGCGCUAACGUGUGUGUAUGUACACACACAUGCAAUGUCUCUAAGAGGCCUCUUGUCUGCCAGAGCAAUUCUCAUUUCCAUUCUAGCACAGGCCCAAAACUAUGAACAGAGAUUUUAAUUUCAUUUCAAUAUAAAUUGUUCUGUAAGAUUCAGUGCACAGGGACAAUGGUACUCUCUAAUUAGUGAAAAGGCAACUUAGGUCAUUGAAUGUGCCUGAAUCACUUGAAUUGCAUCUCAGCAUUUGUGCUAAGAUUGUGUGUGUGUGUUUGUGGGCAUGCGUGCAUUUGCACGCUUGCAUAGAAUGCUUGCCUAUGAACAUUGGUAAAGCUUUUUUUUUUU